AUGACAAUAAAUUCAAGAUGUAGUCCUGGUGAUUGGAUAUAUUAUAAUAAUUCUUGUUAUUCAAUUGAGUUAUCACUGGCUAAUUUUACUGAUGCUCGUAACCAUUGUAAGAACAAAGAUUCAGAUUUAGUUAUCAUUCGUUCGAAAGAGGAAUACAAUUUUAUAGUAAGUCACACCUCUAAAAAAUCAGGUGCUGAUUUUUGGAUUGGAUUAAAGAAACUUAGGAAUGAGAUAUACAAAUGGAUAGAUGGAAGUAAUCCCACAUACCUUCCCUGGGGUCAACAACAUAGACAACAAGGAUAUGAAGGAUAUUAUGAUUUUUGUACUAAAUCAUCUUCCAUGGAGGGAACGUGGGCAGGUGAUUAUUGCAGCAAUACAAAUCGCUUUAUUUGUGAAAAACAACUACUUUAA